AUGAUGGCUUCUCCUCCCGCGCCGGAGGACCAGGCCCGCUUGCUUGAGGAUGCCCUCGUCGCCGUUCGACAACAGACGGCCCUAAUGCGCAAAUGCUUGGAUACUCCCGGAAAGCUUAUGGAUGCUCUCAAAUGUUGCUCCACACUAGUUUCCGAGCUCCGAACCUCCAGCCUCGGCCCUAAGCAGUACUACGAGCUAUACAUGGCCGUGUUUGACGCUCUUCGGUAUCUUUCCGUCCAUCUCCGCGAAAACCACCCCGUCAACCACCUUGCCGAUCUUUACGAACUUGUUCAGUAUGCCGGCAACAUCGUACCCAGAAUGUACCUCAUGAUCACCGUCGGCACUGCCUACAUGUCUAUAGAAGAUGCCCCUGUCAAGGAAUUAAUGAAGGACAUGAUGGACAUGAGCCGUGGUGUACAGCACCCCAUUCGGGGUCUCUUCCUCAGAUACUAUCUCUCUGGGCAGGCACGGGACUUCCUACCGACCGGCGAUGGUGACGGACCCGAAGGAAACUUACAGGAUUCUAUCAACUUUAUACUUACCAACUUUGUCGAGAUGAACAAACUCUGGGUCCGGUUACAACACCAAGGGCACUCCCGCGAACGGGAGCAGCGCAGUCGCGAGCGAAAGGAGCUACAGCUCUUGGUUGGCAGUAAUAUUGUGCGGCUCAGCCAGCUGGUAGACCUCGAGACCUAUAAGAACUCCAUCCUAGGUCCUCUUCUCGAGCAGGUCGUCCAGUGCCGCGACGUCCUUGCCCAGGAGUACUUGCUAGAGGUCAUCACUCAAGUCUUCCCCGACGAAUUCCAUCUCCACACACUAGACCAGUUCCUUGGGGCCGUCUCUCGUCUGAACCCCCAUGUGAACGUCAAGGCCAUCGUCAUAGGAUUGAUGGAUAGGCUCUCUGAUUAUGCUGAGCGCGAAGGCAAGAAUGAGCCUGGCGAUGACCGAGCCAAGGUCGAGGCCGACGCUCUCGCUUCCCUGCUAGAAAAUAUGAAGCUUCGAAAGGAGAGCCUCGCCUCCCCGGGGGCGAAUGUGAAGAGUGGCAGCGCGGCGGCCGGCGCUACUAUGGAUGCCGCGGCAGCCGACUCUGCCGAUGCCGAUAACGCCGAUAAGUCUGACGCGGAUGCUCAUGGCAACGGCGCUGAGGAAGACUCACAGAAGCCAGAGGAAGACCAGGCGCCAAAGGAAGAUGGCGAAGCCGCGGAUGCUAAUGAAGCCUCAUCGGAUAAGCCCGAAGGUGAUGCAGACGCCGACGCGAACGGAUCCGACAAGGAUGCCAAGCCGGGCAUUCCUACCAACGUCCACCUCUACGAGAUCUUUUUCACGCAAGUGCAGCAUCUCGUGGGUGCGCAGCACCUCCCCAUUCAAGAUACCAUCGCCCUCCUUGUGUCGCUCACAAACCUCGCUCUCAACAUCUACCCCGAGAGGCUAGACUAUGUCGACCAGAUCUUUGACUAUGCUGUCCAAAAGGUUAGGGAGCACGCGAACAAUGCCGACCUUCACUCCGCCCCCGCCCAGAGCAGCCUCCUCGCUCUCCUUCGCGCGCCCCUAUCGCGCUACGUCUCCAUUUUCACCGCCCUUUCCCUCCCUACAUUCGUUCCCCUAUGCCAAGCCCAGGGCUACCCUACCAGGAGGGCGCUGGCUGGCGAGGUCGCGCGUACCCUCCUCAAGCACAAGACGGCCAUAUCGACCACGGCCGAGCUGGAGAGCGUGUUGGAGGUGCUCAAGGUCAUCAUCAAGGAAAGCUCACCGUCCUCAGGAAGCUACCCCGUAGCUAGCCAGCGACGUGCGGAGACGGACGAGACUAUUGAGGAACAAGGCUGGCUCGCCCGGCUCGUUCAUCUACUCCAGAGCGAGGACAAUGACGUCCAGUUCCGCCUCCUACAAAUGGUGCGCAAGGCCUUUUCCGAGGGUAACGAGCGGAUUAGGACGACGACGCCCCCUCUCCUCACCGCCUGCAUGAAGCUGGCGCACCGGUUCAAGGCCAAGGAGCACUACGUCGACAACUGGGAGACGCAGAGCAAUGCCCUGUACAAGUUUAUGCACUCGGCCAUCAGCACGCUCUACACCAGGGUCAACGGCGCGGGCGCGGCGGAGCUGGCCCUGCGACUCUUCUGCGCUGCCGGCCAGACGGCGGACCAGACCGGCUUCGAGGAGGUGGCGUACGAGUUCUUCGCGCAGGCGUUUACCGUGUACGAGGAGGCCAUUUCGGAUUCCAAGGCGCAGUUCCAGGCCGUGUGCGUCGUCGCCAGCGCGCUCCACCAGACGCGGAACUUUGGAAGGGAAAACUACGACACCCUCAUCACCAAGUGCGCGCAGCAUGGUAGCAAGCUGCUCAGGAAACCGGAUCAGUGCCGGGCCGUGUACCUCGCCAGCCACUUGUGGUGGGCGACGCCGCAGCCGGGCCAGCCGGAACCUGUUGGGGAGCAGGAAGGACCCGAGCUCUACCGUGACGGCAAGCGCGUUCUCGAGUGUCUACAGCGGGCGCUCCGUGUGGCCGACUCCUGCAUGGAGACGGCUACCUCGAUCGAGCUGUUUGUGGAGAUACUGGACCGCUACGUCUACUACUUUGACCAAGGAAAUGAAUCCGUAACGACCAAGUACCUCAACGGACUCAUCGAGCUGAUUCACUCCAACCUCGCGGGCAACCAGCAAGACUCGGCGUCUGUAGAGCACAGCAAGAAACAUUUCCAUCAGACCCUCGAGAACAUUCGGAGCAGGCAACUGGAGGGCAUCGUCUUGUAG